CAGAGAUAUAAUUAUCUUAAUAUUGACUAUCCAACUGGAAGAGUGCUUUUCCGUUCGCAUACCACUGACAUCAUCCCGAGGGUUCCUAGCCGACCCGCAUUUGCGAUCUACUGAAGAAGUAUCCGCGGCAAGCCGAUCGAUCAAUAGGCUAUAUAUAUAUUCUUAUCGCAGAGAUACCCCUCCUAACCUCUCAAUACUUAGUACACCAUAUAGGCGCCAGAUUCUGUACACAUCUCUCGCUUCGAUGCUAUAACACCGGGAAGAAAAGACCAUUCGGAAACAAUGCCAUCAUUCACCCUCGCCAGUCAAACUCCCCACCUGAUAAUACAGCCUUCCGACGCUGCUCUCGCCCCCCCUGAGAGCUACCUUUUUGUUCAGGAUGGCCUUAUAAUUAGUUGUGGGAUUCUCUACGCCUUCUGUUACAUAUUUUGCAUGAUUCGCACGUACAGUGACCGGACAUACCCGUCUGCGUCAGCCAAGGGCAUCCAGUUCAUGAGCCUGACACUUGCCUACGAACUCUUCUACGCGGUGGUGACCACAACCACCACCUUUGAGCUCCUUGCAUUCCUGGCUUGGUUUCUACUUGAUGUAGGGUUCGUCGCAGUGGCAAUCUGGCGAGCACACGAAAAGCGCGACCGGGCGUGGUUAGUACGGAGAAUAGUGGGCUUCGUACUGGCGGGAAUGGGCGUGUUGAAGGGGUUGACGAUGCUGUGGCCCGAUGAAAGGGAGCAGGUCACAGCAUACUGGACGGGAAUUCUGCUACAGAUGCCGAUCGGAUGGAUCUGUUUAGCGACGCUGUGGAAGGAGUGGAGUACGAAGGGUCAUUCGUUGGAAAUUUGGCUCAUGCGAUACUUGGGCUGCUAUACAGCCUACGGGGUUUUCUUCUGGAGGUAUUGGAAUGUGCCACAGAACUGGGAAUAUGUGGCGUCGGUGUGGAGUACAGGGAUUAUUUUGUGGACACUGCUGCCUGAAACGGUCUAUCCGUUUGUCUACGUUUGGGUGCAUCGCACAUCCAAAGUGAAAGGUGAGUAGACAUACUUGACUGGGUGUUAGAUAUAUUAGGUAGAUAGCGGUAGAGGUUGAGGAGAGGAUAUACAGAUAACAUUUGAGGAAUAACUAUACGAAUCAACCAACUUUUCGGUGCAAAA